AUGGCGCUUGGGCCCGCGCCCGCUCCUGCGGCCGUGUUUCCCGCGUCGGCCGCGCCGCCGCCGAUGCUGAUGCUGCCGACGCUCAACUUCUCCGUCGGCCAAGUGGCGGCCGUCUGCGAGACGCUCGAGGAGAGCGGCGACGUGGAGCGCCUGGGUCGCUUCCUGUGGUCGCUGCCCGUGGCGCACCCGAACUGCGCCGAGCUGAACAAGAGCGAGGCGGUGCUGCGCGCCCGGGCGCUGGUAGCCUUCCACGCGGGCAACUUCCGCGAGCUCUACCGGAUCCUGGAGGGCCACCGGUUCGCCAGAGGCUCGCACGCCAAGCUGCAGGCUAUGUGGCUCGAGGCGCACUACCAAGAAGCCGAGAAGCUGCGCGGCAGGCCUCUGGGACCCGUGGACAAGUACCGGGUGCGCAAGAAGUUCCCGCUGCCGCGCACCAUCUGGGACGGCGAGCAGAAGACGCACUGCUUCAAGGAGCGCACCCGGUCGCUGCUCCGGGAGUGGUACCUCCAGGACCCGUACCCGAACCCGACCAAGAAGCGGGAGCUGGCGCAAGCUACGGGGCUGACGCCUACCCAGGUGGGCAACUGGUUCAAGAACCGGCGCCAGAGGGACAGGGCGGCGGCCGCAAAGAACCGGUGA